GGCUGUUAUAUUCUUCAUAUCUGGCCUUGUUCAUUUGCUGGUAAGAUUUCUCAUGAAGCACAGGUCUCCCUCAUCUUUAUCAGAAUCCGACAGAUACCCAGAAAUGUCAGGGACUGAUGCCUACCGAAGACAGUUACAGCAACUCUUCCAUCUUCAUGAUUCGGGCCUAGAUCAGUCUUUCAUAGAUGCUCUGCCUGUGUUUCUUUACAAGGAAAUAAUGGGGUUGAAGGAGCCAUUUGAUUGUGCAGUUUGUCUCUGUGAGUUCUUGGAAGAAGACAAACUGAGAUUACUUCCAUUGUGUAGUCAUGCUUUCCAUAUAGACUGCAUAGACACAUGGUUGAUGUCUAACUCUACUUGCCCCUUUGUAGAGGGACCAUUUUCACACCUGAGCUCCCAAUUGAAAACUCAGUUUUUGAGUUUGAGUAUUCAAGGGAAGAAACUAUGUUAUCAAGCAAUGACAUUGGGAAGAGGGUGCUUUCUGUCAGAUUAGGCAAAUUUAGAAGUUCAAAUGAUGGAAAAGGAAGAGGAGAAGGAGAAGAAGGGGAGACCAGUAGCAGUAAUUUGGAUGCUAGGAGAUGUUACUCCAUGGGAUCGUUCCAAUAUGUUGUUGCUGAUGAGCUGCAAGUAACUCUGUGCCCUUCUAGAGGAAGCAAUGGCACUGCUGAUCGUGUGAAGCUUGUGAAAGGAAGAGGUGGACAGGGUGGGAAUUCAUCAAAUGAUGGGGAUGUUGAGGGGAAAAAAAUUAACUUGACAAGUAAAGGUGAAAGUUUCUCUGUUUCCAAGAUUUGGCAAUGGUCAAAGAAGGGUAACUUCCCAACUUCUUCAGAUACCAUAGUCUCUUCAUCUGUUACUGUUGGUUUGCCAUGAACUGAUAGUAGAAAUCAAGUUACCUGAGGUAUUUACUGUUCCUUUGUACUCCAUUAUAGUCAUAAUUCAGUGAAUCUAAUCAUUUAGGCUGUUUCUUUUAGCUUUUUUACAUUCUAUUUUCUUUCAAAAAAAAAACUUGAUUCUUUACCAGAGCAAUGUAAGUUUUAUGAAUGUG